AUUAAAGUUUGAAUUUAGAUGAAAGAUAAUUUGACUCCCAAAAGAGAAGUCUCCUUUCAUCAAGAGCGCUACCAAGGACUCUUGCUAUCUUUUCUUUUAACACCAUCCAUUCUACCAACAAAUUGUGCAGCCAUGGAAAUGAAAGAGAGCUAUUCAAUUCUGAUACUUCAUGUGCUAUUUCUAUGCCUUAGUCUCAACACCAAUCUCUCCAUCGGAGGGGACACCAUUUCUUGGAAUGAAUCUCUUUCUUUUGGCCAAAUAAUUGUCUCUUCAGGUGGGAUCUUUGAGCUUGGUUUCUUCAGACCUGGUAACUCUGCCAAAUAUUACAUAGGCAUAUGGUACAAGAACGUUAUUUUAUCGCAAACUGUAGUUUGGGUAGCAAAUAGGGAUAAACCACUUGAUUAUGGUGCUGCCAAUUUGACAAUUGUUCAAGGCAACCUGGUGCUUCUCGAUAGACUUCAAGGCUUAGUUUGGUCAACAAAUAUUGCGAGGAGUAUUACUUCAAAUAAUUCAGUCAUAGCAGUUCUUCAUGACGAUGGAAAUUUGAUUUUGAGUGAUAUGCCAAAUUCAUCAACACCCUUACAACUUUGGCAAAGUUUUGACUACCCAACGCACACAUUUUUGCCUGGUGCUAAGCUUGGAUAUGACAAACGUACACAAAGAAAACAGGAACUGAUUUCAUGGAAGAAUAUGAACGAUCCGGCACCAGGAUUGUAUUAUGUGGAACUGGACCCGAAGCAUGUUCAAUUUGUUAUAAAAUGGAAUAGGACUACAGAGUAUUGGGCAAGUGGUUCAUGGAAUGGCCAAAGAUUCAGCUUAGUGCCUGAAAUGGGGUUAAACUACAUGUUUAAUUUCAGCUACACCGAUAAUGAGAAUGAGUCAUAUUUUACAUAUUCCAUUUAUGCUGGUCGUGCAAUUGCGUCAAGAAUGAUAAUGGAUGACUCAGGACAAAUUAAGCAACUAACAUGGUUUGAUACUUCAAUUCCUUGGAAUCUAUACUGGAGUCAACCAAGAGAAAAAUGUGAUGUUUAUGCCAAUUGUGGGGUGUUCGGAGUUUGCGAUAAUGCUAAUGCAUCCUGCAAUUGCUUGAGCGGCUUCAAGCCAAGAUCAGAUACAGAAUGGAAUUCAAAUGAUUAUUCAAGUGGUUGUGUAAGAGACCAAAAGGAGCAGUGUAAUGAAAUUACUAAAGACCAUGAUAGUUUUUGGAUGGAUUCAAUCAUGAGACCACCAGCUCCUCCAGAUACUAAUAUCACUGUUAGGGAAGCCUCACAGUGUAGAUCUACUUGUUUUAACAAUUGCGCUUGCACUGCUUAUACUUAUGAUGGUUCUGAUACCUGUUCAAUUUGGACCGACGAUCUGUUCAAUCUACAACAACUCAGCAAAAGUGAAACAGAAAGGACUAUCUUUGUCAAACGUGGCUCACCUGCAGCUCAACCUAAAGCUACGAUAUCGAUGAAGCUAAAAGCUAUACUUUCAUCCAUAAUAGUUUUUAUGGCUCUACUCAUAGGCAGCUUUACCUACAUUUACUAUAGAAGAAGAAUGGAAAAAAGAGAAGAUAGCAGAGGAGGUACCCAAGGGGCACAAAUAUCUCACUGGCAUAAGGUUGAAGGAGAAGCAAAAGUAUUGAUGAAUGAAAACGGUGAUGAAGUUAUUGAUGUUCCAUACUUUCACUUGGAGACUAUUUUGGCAGCUACAGACAACUUCUCAAAUGCAAAUAAGCUUGGACAAGGAGGAUUUGGUCCUGUUUACAAGGGUAUCUUUCCAAGCAAAAAAGAAAUUGCAGUGAAAAGGUUAUCCAGCCAUUCAGGACAAGGCAUAGAUGAAUUUAAGAAUGAAGUAAGUCUUAUUGCAAAGCUUCAACAUCGAAAUCUAGUGAGGCUAUUGGGCUAUUGCAUCAAUGCAACAGAACAAAUAUUACUUUAUGAAUAUAUGCCGAAUAAAAGUUUAGAUACAUUCAUAUUUGAUGGAACACUUUGUCAAUUAUUGGAUUGGAAGAAACGUUAUGACAUCAUAUUGGGCAUUGCACGGGGUCUUGCUUAUCUUCACCAUGAUUCACGACUAAGGAUUAUUCAUAGAGAUUUGAAAACCAGUAACAUUUUAUUAGAUGAGGAGAUGAAUUCGAAAAUUUCAGAUUUUGGCUUGGCGAGGAUUGUUGAAGGAAAAGUAACAGAAGCAAAGACGAAUAAAGUAGUGGGAACCUAUGGCUAUAUGUCUCCUGAAUAUGCAUUGGACGGAUUGUUUUCUAUCAAGUCAGAUGUAUUCAGUUUUGGAGUAGUCGUACUUGAGAUAAUCAGUGGAAGAAGGAAUACAGGAUUUUACCUAUCAGAAGAAGCCUUAAACUUGUUGGGCUAUGUAAGUGAAGAAACUUCCUAUGAGUUAAUAUUAUAUCUUUUUGUUAGCUUUGAUUCUCAGAUAGCAAAAUUAUCACAGGCAUGGAAAUUGUGGACAGAAGAAGCUGAGAUACAAUUAAUAGAGAAGUCAUUACUUGAAUCAUGCAACAGGAGUGAAGCAAUAAAGUGCAUAAAUGUUGCGCUCCUGGGUGUACAAGAAGAUCCAAAUGAGCGUCCUAACAUGUCAGAUGUUAUUUUAAUGCUGGGAGGGGAAGGUAAUAAUCUUCCGCAACCUAAUAGACCAGCUUUUGUAAUAAGGAAGUACACUUCUAGAAAAUCAUCUUCUUCCUCUAGUAAGCAAUACAUCUCAUCCAACAAUCAGGUUACAAUUACAGUCGAAGAAGGACGCUAGCAGGAAUUGUCAAGCCAUCUAAAGAUGAGCCAAAUUGUACUGUUUUAUCCUAGUUAACUUCUACUUUGGUGCUUGGUCAAUGUUCGCUUCUCUAUAAUAGUAAGGACACAAUGUUGGGAAAAUUUCAAGUGUUUGUGCUCAACAUAUAUUUUUACUUUAGAAUGUAGUAAACCUUAGCAAUCAAGUACUGGAGUAAUUAGAUUACUCUAGUUGCCUUCAUUUGUGUACCACACUCCAAUUCUUAUGAGUAAUGUAAUUUUUCUUUAUUACUCAAAAUGUAACUGCCCAACCACCUCCACCCAUAGAGAGAAAAGUUUGUCCAAAUUUGUAUAGGUAAAAGCAUUGAGGAAAGAAACAAAUAAUUAAGGAGUUGCAAUUGAAGAACAAAACUACAAUAAAAAAGGCUGAAGUAGUCAUCAACAGUGUGAUUGGAAUGCAUGCCUGCUGGUUUCUUUGUGGUGAUGCGUUAGUUGUCCAGAGGCAAUAUAACACAAACCAUGGCAGGGUCCGUUUAAUCAAAUUUGAGUGGAGGAAAUUUGAUAAAUAAAGUUUUCACUCAUCCCUGUUUGUUGAAGACAGACAGCUUUGAAACUUCUCUACUUUUCUUUGU